ACAAUGCGAUGUGGCCCCUGAGAUGAAGCAGAGAAUCAUGGAUAAAGACGAGACGAGAAAAUGUUAAUCAAACAUGUAUGCACAAUCAUCUCGUGAAAGAUUAAUCGUCACUUGAGUGUGCUCUUCAACUGUAGGAUGAUCAGAGUUCCUGUUACGGUUUUCAAGACGAGACUGUUGAUAGGGCUGUCGGACUUGUAGGACUGAUCACCUAAACCGGACAAUACUAGAAUUCAUGUUGUAAAGGAUGACGGAAUGCAUCUCCAAUGUAAUACAUGGAUAACUGUGACAUCGAUCUGACAAGAAGACCAAUGACGCACACUCGAUAUUUACGGAGGUCUCAAGGAAUAAACCUUUCUGUCGUAGAAUUCAUCAGAACAUAGGCUUGGGAUAUGCUACUUUCUUUUGGUUGAGAUCCUCUGGACUGAUUAUUGAGCACAGCCUAUUUCUUGCAGUUGAGAUCUGCAGAACAUAGCAUUAGGGACAGUCGUCACACUUACGAAACUCAGAAGAGUCAAAACAGGGAUAUUCUUUGAGAACGAUUGCGCGAUAUUCGUAUAAUACAGUGGUGCAGAACAGAAGAUUGCAAAUAGGGUUGUCACGUGCACAGUUGCGCGUCACAGACAUUUGAGCAGAACUUUUUGUAUCACAGAUAGGACAGAGGACGCGGAAUGUCGGAAAGAAGUCGAGCACCAACGAAGAGAGUCUUGACCAACUACGCCAACAACACCUCUGCCCAUGGCAUCUCAAAGUUGGUCGACAACAAUGGCAUCUUGCUGAAGUUGAUGUGGCUGGUGUUGCUGCUGGUAGCGACAGGACUGAUAGUGUUCCAGGUCAUCAAGCUUGUACAGCAAUAUCAGAGGCGUCCAGUGAACACUAAGACAUCCAUUGAGAGCACCCAGCUGACAUUUCCCAGUGUCACCAUAUGCAACCUGAACCCAGUCCUCAACUCCAAGGCGAGCGAAUACACCAUGUACGAAGUCAUUGAGAGAGUAGCCGAAUACCUGAAGGUUCCUCUGUCCGACUUCAAAUACACUGGCGAUAUUCAAGCUAAUGAUAACUACAGUUUUGCCGAUGUCAACUUCAAAACUGAUGACCCCCUGGACGAGUCGAUUCUAGAGUUCCAGAUGGAGAUGCAGAGUUUAUCAUUAGGCCAACUGAAAGAGAUUUCGCAGACCUUCGAGAGCUUUGUCAUUUCCUGCACAUUCGGAGGACGAGAAUGCGACAGCAGCAACUUCACUGUGUCCUAUGAUCGCGACUACGGCUUGUGCUACACCUUCCCCAACAAGACAGACGUCAAGAAAGGCAAUCGCAUCUUCAACGCAGGGCCGCUGUAUGGUCUGAAGCUGAUCCUGAACGUGAACCAGAAAGAGUACCUCCCCUUCAUUACCUCUUCCGCCGGAGUCAGACUACAGAUCCAUGAGUUUGGAUCCCAGCCCCACAUGCUUGAGCUGGGGCAAUCUCUCUCCACUGGUUUCGAGACGCAGAUUGGAGUGAAACCCAUCCUGUACAAGAGGCUGCCCGAUCCCCACGGCACGUGCGACGACUCCGGGAAGUACGAAAGUGUUCUGGACUGUGAACGCGACUGCCUGGAGACGCUGAUAGAGGGUGACUGCGGUUGUUCACGGCGACAAGUCUCUGAUGAAGAUCCGUGCGCAUCCAAAAACAUCCCCUGUAUAAAGGACAUAAUCAAGGAGAAGCAGUCCGGCGAGUUGAAAUGCGAACAUACCUGUCGGAGCACGUGCAGGGUGUAUGACUUUGAGAAACAAGUAUCAAUGACAAGAUGGCCGGCAAACCACUAUGACCCUGCAGUCAAGUUCAAGGUCAAGAAAUGGUCUUCUACUUUUGUGAAUGAUUUGUUCAGCGAGGAGAACAGCAGAGACAGCCUUCUUGCCAUAAAUGUGUACUUCUCGGAGCUAUCCCUGCAAACCAUCGAAGAGGAGCCAGCUUAUGAGUUUGAGAGUCUCCUCAGUGACUUCGGCGGCCAGCUUGGGCUGUGGAUGGGUAUAUCCGUGCUGUCUGUCUGUGAGGUUCUGGAGUUGUUCUACCUCCUCCUGGCCAACCGCUGCAAGCCACGCACCGAAGUCAGCAGCUCGCCCGUGAUUGACCUCAAGUCGUAACUCCAUGCCGGACUCUACCAACAUGGCUGUAGCUGCUUUAAACUUAUUCAACUUCUUCUUCUAUUAAUGGAUAUUAUUAUUAUAUAAAUGCCUUAAAACAUAUAAUUUCAUACACAAUAACAAUUUUUAAUAGCAUAGCAUGUAUCAAUUCAAUAUUCAUUUGGGCACACUUUCAGUUGCUUCCUCUGUUCUUUGCAUCUUAUGAUAUGACCAUCUGGGAAAGCCUGUGUUUUUUCACCAAAUUGUCAGCAGGUUCAGCAGGUAGGGUAGAUAUUUCUGAAACAUACACUGAAGUUUGAGAUCUUGGAAAGUAAAGAUGGAUUGGUACGUGGUUGAAAUCAUUUUUAUAUUUAACCACAAAUCUAUUGUUGCAAAGGCAGUAGAUUUACUCUCCGCCAAUCGAAUUGUCGCUUUGUUAUUUAUUCUUUAUAGUAUUUAAUAAAAACCUUAUAGAGUAUGGUUAUUGCUUGGAUAUUAUUUUGGUGAGUUGAAUGGUGGAUGAUGACAUAUCUUUGUUUUCGGCACAAAAUGUCACUUAGCAGACUAGUAUUGAAGUUCGCAUUGAAACUGUAAACGACAUUGCUCAAAUGCUGUCAAAGUAAUUGCUUCACUGAAUUAGUACAUGAAAUACUCCGUAUACCCAGUAUUCUUAUUCCAUAUGGUGAACAGAACCAUUGCACAAUGCUAUUGUCUUAUUGAAUGUGCAAUAAUACUGUCCAAGGUGACGAUCCUUCCCAAAGCUAAUCUCACACACAUGUAUAUACUUAAUGUUUGUGUCACAUGCAUGUUUAAUCUUUACAAAGUCAUUUACACAAUGAUAUCUACUUUCUUGUUCUUUGAAUACUUCACAAUACAACACAACCCCAUUUACCGUGAAUACCCCCAUAUAUAAUUCGUGCAUUUUCACACAUGCACACUACCAUGAUUCUCAUAAAACGCUUCCCUUCAUGAAUUAUACAAAUUCCCCAUACAAUGUACCCAUUAAACAAGAAUAAGAACAGUGAUGUUAUUUUAAAUACACUCAAGUACUUUCACUUCAUUGUCCAUACCUGGUAUAACAUUCUCCAUCAAUUGGAACACAGCUGAGACAUCAACACACACGACAAUAGCCGGCUGAGUUAAGAAAUAAAUGACUCAUGGUCGUUGUUUAUCGUACAAUACGGCAGUGCAGGGAGGGAGAGAGAAAUCAACAUUAUGUACAGCCUCUUUAAGGACGUUAGUCAAAGGUACGUAUUUAAAUAAUGAUGACUCCCUAAAUAGAAUCCGGUCCUUCCCGCAUGUUCUCCAGAAAUGACGUCAUGAUAGAACAAAGUUUUAUCGUAAAAUAAACCAUGCUUCUUUCUUCAUUGUUCUGUGCGUUUUAUCGCGUAGCUAUCUUAAAUAUUAUAAUAGAUGUGUUUCUUCUCACCUGAAACGCUAUAUUGGGUGUCACUCGCUUUUAUCCUCGCUUUUAUCUUCGGUAAAUUCAUUACCACUGCCAUGUGUUUUUUAUCCUUCUUUGCUUCAUCACCUCUCUGCUUGAAAACGUUAUGUCUUGCAUCCCCAUGUUUCUUAUCGCUGGAGAUAUCCAUCCACAUCCUGGUCCAGAUGACUCCUUAAACACUGAUUCUGACGUUUGUAUUUUCUAUUAUAAUAUCAAAGUAUUAGCCAUAAACUUAUUGAAAUGUAUGAUGCUAUAUCUGACUUUGACGUCCUCUGUUUAACUGAAUCACUUCCUCGCCAUAGGGGCGGUCGGGUAGCCUAGUGGUUAAAGCGUUCGUUCGUCACGCCGAAGACCCGGUUUCGGUUCCCGACAUGGUAACAAUGUGUGAAGCCCAUUUCUGGUGUCCCCCGCCGUGAUAUUGUUGGAGUAUUGCUAAAAGCGUAGUAAAACCAUACUCACUCACUCCUCGCCAUACAAUGCAGUCGAAUGACAUUCUCGUGGAUCACUACGAUGAAUCAAACAGGAGGGACAAUGGUUGCUUCAGGGGUGUAAUAGCAUACUGUUCUGAUAUACUUUGUGCCAAACAUAGAUUUGAUCUAGACCAACUCAGAAACCAUGUGGUUUCAAAUUAGUCGAGUAUUUUUUUUUACGUUUCGCCUACCGCCCACAUAAUACCGCCACUGUAUAGUGGACUGUCUUCAACACAUGCAAGAAGGCGCACUUUAUUGUUCUCGUGAUAUCGUUCUUGAAAACUUCUUGAGAAGCAGUGUCCACCACGAAUUACAUCAAUCAUGGUGACUUUAGAUUUUUUUUUAAAGAUAUUAUCUUAAUUAAUAAUUGUAAUUGUACGCUUACAGGUGUUAUCAGUAAUUCGCCUAAUGUGUCUGAAGCUUUUCUGCUUGUAGUAUUGUUGAUAUAGCGAAAGAUAAAACCAAACAACAACAUCUAUAUUGGUUAUAAAUUAAGGGUUAUAAAAUAAUAAUAAAUGUUGUAAAAGAAAGUUUAAUUCAGUUAUAAUUAAAUAACUAGAUACGAAACUGAGUAAUAAAACUAUUAUGAUUGGAUCUUAUUGAGAUACAUUGUAAAGGACGAAGGUUCGACUUUAUAUAUUCGUCAUAUGUCUCGGAUAUAUAUACCUUUAUCGUUUACUGAUACUGGCACAGAAGAAGUUCUGAAUGGUUAUUAUGUUUCUAUCCAUAAUGUUGAAGCUACAAAUCAUUAUUGAUCUCUUUUAAAACUGCGUUAUGAAUCCUUCUUUAUUGAUAUGCCCAUACAGGAGCGGAAAUUAUCUGGUCACGUUUGUAUCAUGUCAUCAAUCCAGUGGUCCUAAAUUUAAUCAAAGAUUGUUAAAGCCACUAGCAGAUAAAGUUACAAUUAUACCAUUACGUAGUAUCUUCAAUACAUUUUCCAAUUCACUGGAAAUUAGUUCACGUCAUGCUGUUGUCUGCGAACGGAGACAAAUCCCUUCCUUUGAAUUGUUGACCAAUAAGCCAUCUAACAAUAAAAUGUUACAUCACCGGGCAGUUAUUUAUGGUAAUACAAUUAAUACUCUUAAACACCUCGAAUUUAACAUUUGUUGCUUUGUCAUUUACAACAUCUCACCAGAUGACUGGCAUACAGUAUACAUUAAAUCAGUAUUGUAUGUAUUUUUAUAUAUUACUAAUGCUACUAUUGCACUUUCGACGCACCUUUAUUAUUCCAAUGUUAAAUAUUUACAAUAUUGGCCGCGUCGUAAGCUGAACUAACUUUGCCCAAUAUAUGGCUUUUGUAAUGCCAAUAAAAUGUUUUCAAAAAUAAACGACAACCUUAAGCACAUUGACGACUUAGGCUUCUCGGUGAAAAAAAUAUCUGUAACAUAUGUACAAAAUAUAACAUUUAUGUAACAUAUGUAUUUCUGUGAAAAGGUUUGCUUCAAUUGAAGUUUUGGUUUUGUUGACAUUCAUUAUCUUUUAUAAAAUUAUUGUCUUGUCGUGUCAUAUUUUCGGUAUUGCCACAUCUACAUGUUCAGAACCAUAGUUCAUCGAACUUGUAUAGUGUUCAAAUUGAUCUGAUUUUCUGUGAUAUGUGUACACUCGAACUACAUGUAUUGCAAAUAUUACCAUGGCAGUUGAUUAUAGAUGAACAUGAUGGUAGCCUGAUUACAAUGAUUGUGUUUAACUUGAAAUUGUUCAUAGUUCCAGCUCAGUUCCAUCCUCGACACACAGGGCUAUUGGCUUUAUAGCUUCACACAUUGCUAGGAUUCAUUUCUAUCGCUACCACUGUCACGUGUCAGUGGGAUUACAUCACCCAUGUACAUCCGCCAUGUACAUCCCCCAUGUACGAGGGGUAAACCUAAACAAACUAGAUUUGGCACGGCGCUUAUUCUUUAGUUAGCUCUUACGGCUUGAACGUACACAUUUAAUGCUUGUCGUUUGUGAUGUAAAGUACCUUAACUCAACUGACAUCAUCAGACAUCAGAAUUCUUUUUAUGAUACAAUAUAAUUAUGAAUUUUAUUACUCGUUACGAUGUUCUAUUGUGUUUCACGAAUGUUGCAUUGUUAUAAUGUCACAUUAUUGGUUCUGAAAGACCAAGGAUCAUAACCGGAUUGACACCGGGCUUUUAGCCCGCUGCGAUUGGAUUCUCGUACGGAAACCGGGACUGAUAUUACUAGCAUGUUCCAAUGUUAAUGUAAUGUCGACGCUCUCUGUGAUAUUUUACGAAACUAUGUUAAACACUACAGUAUCACAUGUUUUUUUAUUCAAUCAAAUUUUCACCAAUUUCACAUUUCCAAAUGCAAUAAAAAAAUAAUUUUA